CGGACCAAAUGAUCAAUACAUCCCAAAAACAGCUGCAAGGUGGCAGUAUGUGUUGUGUACUUGACCUUCAAAUAUACUAAGUAUAAAAAAAGUACAUCAAAAGUGGAAAAUUCUAUUAUCAAUCAAGGUUACAAUAUGAUCAAACAUAUUAUUUCUAGCUUACUUUUUACAAGUAAAUCCAAGGGUCAACAAAACAUAUCAUUAGGUGAAAUGUCGACUUGGAAGACCGAAAAUUUGUGAAAGAAAUUUCUAAAGGCCAAGUGUUUGGUGAUGGAAGCUAGCUUUGAGGUCAUAAGUGACUCGCAAUAACGUUUUUGGUCCAUUCGUAUUUUCUUACGUUAUUGGUCAAUUAUUAUUGUCCCAUAUUUCCAGCCAAGUAAGCUCGCUUUUCUAUUCUAUGAAUUGACUUGUGUCGACAACUUACAUUUAAAUAUUGACUUGUAGUGUUCUAGUUCCAUUUCUACUCUAAUUAAAGAAACCCCCCUUCACUCGUUUUUACACUUCAAUUUUCACUCUUCUCUAUCAAAGUCUUGAAUUAAAAUGGCUUCUUCGACUCUAAUAUACUACUAUGUAUUUUCUUAUGUCUGUAUUUUGCACCUUCAAAGUACUAAAGGGGAACAAACAAUAUGCAACACUUUAUCAUGUGGUGACAUAGAUAUUGAUUUUCCUUUCGGUUUAAAACAAGGAAAUCAAGAUAAGCGAUGUAGCUAUUAUCCCAAUCCAAGCUUCCAACUUUCAUGUGACAACCAAAGCCAAACAAUUCUCCACCUCCCAAAAACACGGGACUUAAUAAUUAAAAACAUCGACUACAAGAACCAAAAAAUUCAAGUCAACGACCCCGAAGGUUGUCUUCCAAAACGAUUUUUAUAUGAUUGGAACCUUAUAGAUUCACCUUUCCAAUUAAACCCCGAAAUUUAUACGAGUAAUAUUUAUAACCUCACUUUCCUUCGUUGCCCCUCAAACAUAACCGAAUCAUCAUCUCACUUGCCAUUACCAAUAAUUUCUUGUCUAAGUGAUAAAGAACAUUCGAACUUGGCUUCGGUUGUACUAGUUUCAUGGGCACCGCCUAUUGAUUCAACAACGUUGUCUAGACCGUACGAUUGUGAGGUGAUAUCAACGGCUCUUGUUCCUCUACCGUGGAUGGGUAUGCCUAUGUGGCCUGAUCUUAAUAGUGAUGUUGAGUUGGUUUGGACCGAGCCCAGGUGUGAGAAUUGUGCAAUUAGUGGCCAAAUUUGUGGGUUUUCUAAGGAUGAAAAAACCCUUCAACUUGAAUGUUUCCAUAAUCCCUCCAAGGAAGGUAUCUCAAGAAGUGCAAAAUAUGGUAUAGCUAUAGGAGUGGGAAUACCAGGACUGUUGUCCCUAAUUGCCUUUUCUUGCUUUAUAUGUGGAAAGUUCAAGAGGACCCAAUUUCAUGUACAGAGGAGCACAAAUCUUCCUACAGCAACAAUAACAUUAGAACCACUCCCUUCUCUUGUAAUGGGCCUUGAUAGGUCCACAAUUGAAAAAUAUCCCAAAACUCUUCUUGGAGAGAGUGGCCGCUUAUUGAAGCCCAAUGACAACACUUGUUCAAUUUGCUUAUCUGAAUAUGAACCUAAAGACACAUUGAGGAGUAUCCCUGACUGCAACCAUUAUUUUCAUGCUGCAUGUAUAGAUGAGUGGCUCAAAAUGAAUGGUACAUGCCCUAUAUGUAGGAAUUCACCGGAGGGGUAUUCUUCCACGCUUCUCCCUUCUUUUUCUUCGUUAUCCUUCUCUUUGUCGCCAUUGUCCUCUUCACGAUAAAUUGGUCCAAAUUCAAGCAAUAUAUUUUAUGUAGAUAUAUAUUUUUUUUUUUUGACAGAGAAUAGUGGUAAAGUAUAUGUAUUAAUACCAUUGUAAACUUUUUUGCUUUUUGUUUAAAGAAAUAAAUGAAGACAGGACACUAUUGUUUGAACAUAUGAAAAAA